CGAACUGGCCAGUGGCGCCCGUGUGGUUGUGGUUUGGGGGAGGAACUGGCCAGUUUGGGGAGGACCAAACCAGUUGAGACCACCUUGGACGGUGCUUGGCGCACGACACCGGCCGCGUCGGCCCAUGCGGCGAGUGGCAAUCCCGAGGGACGGAGGGGACCAUGUUUUGGAGGUGGAUGUGAACCUCGCUUUGUCUGAUGAGUCGGGUGCCACCGUUUGGGAUUCAGCUCUUUGUUUGGGCGAGAUGCUGAUCAAGCGCCAGAUCACUUGUGGCGAACGGGUCCUGGAACUUGGCUCUGGCACCGGGUAUUGUGGACUUGUGGCAGCUGCCUUGGGCCACAAAGUCACGCUCACUGAUAGACCUGUGAUGCUGCCUUUGCUGGAAUCCAACAUUGCCUCCAACAAAUUGGAGGAGCGGGCUGAUGUUCAAGAGCUUCAGUGGGGACAAGCGCCGGGCAUCGAGGGAAUCGAGACCGUGAUCAUGUCGGAUUGUGUCUACCUUCCGGAGCUUUCACCCCUCUUGCUGUCCACGCUGGAUGCCAUGGAAGGGCCCCUCACGGUGCUGUGGGCCAAUGAGGUGCGUGGCGUCGAAGAGGAGUUCCAGGAAAUGCUACUGCGCAGUGGCUGGUCACUGCAGCAGCUGGUCAUUCCUGAAGGCAACGACUACGCCUGUGAGGAGAUCCGAGUCUACGAGAUGCCGGGAAUACAAGCUCUACUCCGAAAGGACGUGAUUUCAUCGACGAGCCGGAUCUACUUCGGUCCUGGCGGCGAGGAAACCGCCUGUGUCAGGCCGGCGCCCAACAUCAAGGCUGCUGGGCUGCCGGGCUUGUUCGACGACCUCCCGGAGCUGGUGAGUGGACCUUCCUUGCCGGCGGUGGAGAAACCUGAGGACCUCCGCUGCGACUGCCUUUUCGCCGUCUUCGAUGGCCAUGGGGGCGCCGCGGCCGCGCGCGCCUGUGCGGAGCGGAUCCCCACGGAGAUCCGCGAGGAGUUGGAUGCCUCCGGCCGCGACUCGCCGGAGGCGCGGCGGAGCGCGGUGCAGGGCACCUACCUGGCACUGGAUCGACAUUUGCGCAUCAAGUUGGGCUUUGCCGCGCGGGAGUGUGGCACCACCUGCGUGUUCGCCUAUGCUUGGAAAGAUGAGGAGAAGCCGGGAAAGAUUGGGGUGCUUCUUGCCAACCUGGGCGACUCGCCCAAUUGGCCCAAUCCCUGCAGCGUGGGUUGCUAUGAGGUGGCGGGCGAGACGAAAGACCACACCCCCAGCGCACCGGAGGAGGAGAAGCGGAUCAAAGCGGCCGGCGGGAAGGUGGAAACUUUCCCUGGAAGCCGUGUCCCGGUGCUGCGGGUCGAUGGCUUUUUGGGCUGCUCAAGGGCGCUUGGGGAUUUCCGCUUCAAGGAGGAUGCUGCCCUGCUACCGGAGCAGCAAAAGGUCUCUGCUGUGCCGGAAGUUUACGAAUUCGAGUGCGAAAGCGGGGAUGCCAUUGUCCUGGCCUGUGACGGAGUCUUCGACGUGCUCAGCAGUAGCAAGGUGGCGAUGUGCUUUGGCUGACUCAGCGCUCAAUUUCAGCGUUGGAUUAUGGCAGCAGGACUUUGAGUCCUGUUUUGAGUUCUUCAAAGAUUGCACCUGCACAGACUAAUGUGACUUAUGUAGACUCCGAGAUCGAGGCCCACUUUGAUGAGUCGACGAAUGAACCUGUGACGGUGGUUGACUCGCAGCCGACGUGG